UCAGUGAGAGAGGAAACACUCAGGCCCCGUGGUAUCAGUUCUCUCACACCCCAGAAUAGCUCAUUUUCUGGAGAGACUGAUUAGGAAGACCUAUGAAUAAGAGACCUUCCCAGCUCUAAAUUCCUAAGAUCAUUUUCAAAGACUCAGAAUCUACUGCAUAAUCAUGAUCUUAUCACCCGUUCAGUCUGUGGAAGAAUCCACUGAAGAAGUCGUACCGAAGGCGAAAGUUCAGGAACUUAAACCUCCCCCCCCACCAAAGAGCAGAGUGAAAACAUUCCUGAGAAAGGAACUGGAGUUCCUGGGGGUGACUCAAACCAUCAUUGGCCUUAUGUGCUUCUUCUUUGGAAUAACUCAUAUAUUGAUUCUGAAAUAUUUAGACCCCAAAAUUAUUGCUUUCUCAUCAUUCUCUAAGGGAUAUCCAAUAUGGGGAGGAUUACUGUUCACCAUUUUUGGAUUUUUGUUGAUUUCACUUGAAAGAAAAUACAUCAAAUAUCUGGUACAAAGCAGCCUAGUAUUGGCCAUUCUCAGUUCUGUGAUUGCAGGAGCUGGAAUAAAUAUUCUCUCAUCCAAUCUGAAUGAAACACUUUCUGUUUUGAAAGAAUGCCCAAAUCACCCAAUGGGAGACUUUUGCUUUACAGCUCAUUUUUUAACUGAAACUGCAGUCAUUGUCUUACUCCUUACUGUCCUGGAGUUGGGCAUUGGUAUAUUACUCCCUGUUGGUGAAAUAAUUGGAAAAUUAGAAGAAAGAUGGAUUAUAAAGCAUCGCAAAGCUUACCAAGAAGCUCUUUAUGAGGAAUUACCCGUUUAUGACCCAAUUGGUGAAAGCAUAGAGCUAGAGACAAGAGAGUCUGUACCCACUGGCCGAAAAGAGACAAGAAGAGAAUCCAGUGAGUCACUUCAGUCAAGAGUAUAUCAAUCACCAGAAGAACUCCAGGAACCUCAGUCCUAGAGAUUAACAAGUAUAUUUAACAGCUUGAUAUAAUGUAAAAGAUUCUUGACUUGGACUCACAGUAUGUGGGUUGUUUUUUUGCCUCUAAUUAAUUAGGUAAAUUUGUCAUUUUGUAUUAUAUUGGCUUUACCUAUCUAUGAACCAUAAACAUUACUUCAGUUAUUGAGAUUUAACUUUAUUUGUAUAAAAAGCAUUUAACAUUUAUAUUCAUAUAGUUC